UUUGUGUAGGUAUAUAAGCGAGAAAAAAAUUAAUUGCAAUCAGUUAACAUACAGAUACUCAAUUCAUUCAAUAUGGUCUCAAAGGUCAUCAUCCUUGCCGCCCUAGUCGCCACCGCCUUGGCCGCGCCUCUAGACGGGCCGACUUCUUUCGCUAGCUUUAAUGAGAACCACAAUACCGUCCACCACAUCCAAUCGGCUCCAGCUUUGAUCAAAUCCGCCCCCGUCUAUGCUCACGCUCCCGCUGCCGCCCCUGUCUACGCUCAAGCUGCCGCACCAGCAUACGCCGCUCCAGCUUACCAAGCUCACUCUUAUGCAUCUCCAGCCCACUCGUCGGCUAGUUCGUACUCUACCUCUUCUUUCGCUCAACACUCAGCGCCCCUAGCGAGUUACGCUGCCCCCAUCGCUAAAAUCGCCGUGCCUGCCAUCAAAGUAGCUCCCGUAGCUCACUACGCUGCUCCCGUAGCCAAAGUUUUGUCUCCAGUAGCUCACUACGCUCCAGCUGCUCCCGCACAUCAUCAAGAAGAAUACGCCCACCCCAAAUACGAAUUCGCUUAUGCCGUCGAAGAUCACCACACCGGUGACAUCCACUCCCAGCAGGAACAGCGCGACGGAGACCACGUUGUAGGACAGUACUCUCUCCAUGAAGCUGAUGGUACCGUACGCAUCGUUAAAUAUUCCGAUGACGGUCACGGUUUCAACGCCGUGGUCGAAAGGUCUGGACAUCCCACGGAAGCACCUGCAGUUUAUAAAAAGCUGAUCGUGCCAGUAGCUAAGGCUGUCGUAGCUGAGCCCCAGUACCAACUGUUCGCUUUUGCAGCCCUAGUGGCCACCUCCAUUGCCGUUCCAGUUGAACAUGGAGCGACCUCAUAUUCAACUUACAACCAAAACUACAACAACGUGCAACACAUCCAGUCAGCACCUGCUUUCGUGAAAGCGACUUCAUCUUACUCAGUUCCAGCGUAUUCGGCACCUACUUACACAAAACUGGCUCUGCCUGUUGCUCCAGUUGUUUCAUAUGCUACACCAGUCGCUAAAGUCGUCGCCCCAAUUACGAAAGUAAUCGCUCCAGUGUCCCACUAUGCGUCGGCUCCAGUUUACAAGGAAGAAUACGCUCCAGCGAAAUACGAAUUCGCGUAUGGAAUCCAAGACGCCCACACUGGUGACUUCCACUCCCAACAGGAACAACGUGACGGUGACCACGUCGUAGGACAGUACUCGCUUCACGAAGCCGACGGUACCGUGAGGAUUGUAAAGUACUCUGACGAUGGACACGGUUUCAACGCUGUCGUUGAAAAAUCCGGUCAACCCACGGAAGCUCCAGCCGUUUACAAAAAGCUCGUGGUACCUGUAGCUAAAGCAUUAGUAGCUACCCCACACUGGUGUAAAUUUAUUAAGAGAAAGAAAAACUCGAUGUUUAAAGUCGAUUUUUCGUUUCAGAUUUUUGCUUUUGCUGCCAUUGUGGCCACCUCCAUUGCCGUUCCAGUUGAACAUGGGGCGACCUCAUAUUCAAGCUACAACCAAAACUACAACAACGUGCAACACAUCCAGUCAGCACCUGCUUUAGUGAAAGCGACUUCAUCUUACUCAGUUCCAGCGUAUUCGGCACCUAGUUACACAAAACUGGCUCUGCCUGUUGCUCCAGUUGUUUCAUAUGCUGCACCAGUCGCUAAAGUCGUCGCCCCAAUUACGAAAGUAAUCGCUCCAGUGUCCCACUAUGCGUCGGCUCCAGUUUACAAGGAAGAAUACGCUCCAGCGAAAUACGAAUUCGCGUAUGGAAUCCAAGACGCCCAUACUGGUGACUUCCACUCCCAACAGGAACAACGUGACGGUGACCACGUCGUCGGACAGUACUCGCUUCACGAAGCCGACGGUACCGUGAGGAUUGUAAAGUACUCUGACGAUGGACACGGUUUCAACGCUGUCGUUGAAAAAUCCGGUCAACCCACGGAAGCUCCAGCCGUUUACAAAAAGCUCGUGGUACCUGUAGCUAAAGCAUUAGUAGCUACCCCACAGUAUCCAUACCACAACUGUAAAUUUAUUAAGAGAAAGAAAAACUCGAUGUUUAAAGUCGAUUUUUCGUUUCAGAUUUUUGCUUUUGCUGCCAUUGUGGCCACCUCCAUUGCCGUUCCAGUUGAACAUGGGGCGACCUCAUAUUCAAGCUACAACCAAAACUACAACAACGUGCAACACAUCCAGUCAGCACCUGCUUUAGUGAAAGCGACUUCAUCUUACUCAGUUCCAGCGUAUUCGGCACCUAGUUACACAAAACUGGCUCUGCCUGUUGCUCCAGUUGUUUCAUAUGCUGCACCAGUCGCUAAAGUCGUCGCCCCAAUUACGAAAGUAAUCGCUCCAGUGUCCCACUAUGCGUCGGCUCCAGUUUACAAGGAAGAAUACGCUCCAGCGAAAUACGAAUUCGCGUAUGGAAUCCAAGACGCCCAUACUGGUGACUUCCACUCCCAACAGGAACAACGUGACGGUGACCACGUCGUCGGACAGUACUCGCUUCACGAAGCCGACGGUACCGUGAGGAUUGUAAAGUACUCUGACGAUGGACACGGUUUCAACGCUGUCGUUGAAAAAUCCGGUCAACCCACGGAAGCUCCAGCCGUUUACAAAAAGCUCGUGGUACCUGUAGCUAAAGCAUUAGUAGCUACCCCACAGUAUCCAUACCACAACUAAGA